AUGGUUUAAUUUGGAAAUAAAAUGAACUUUUUUAUUAUAGGUGGAUAUCUAGAUAAUUUAUAAAUAACAAAUUAAUGUGAGGCAUUUGAUUGUAUAAAUAAAAGAAUAAUAAAAUUACCAAAUUUAAGUAAUUCAUUAGGAUCUACUAGGGUUAGCAUUUUUAACGAUACUGUUACUGUUACUGGUGGAAUAAGUAUAACGAUUUAUAUAUAUUAGUACAAAAUAUGUCAAUUAAUUAAUAAAUAGAAUUUUUAUUGAAAAACUGUUGGGUAUCUUGUACUAUAACAUCUUAAUUGUCAUCAAUGGCUUUAAUGAUGUGUUCAAUUUAAAUAGAAUAAAAUUAAUAAAUUUAUUGGGGGGAUACUCAGAAAAUAAUAAAGGAUCAAAAUAAUGCAUUAUUCUAGAGAUAAAUGAUAAGACAGCAAAAGUCAUUGAAAUUAAAUAGCUGGAAUAAUAUACCAAUUAUUCAUUAGGGAAGGAUUUGGGCAUUAUAGAAUGUAGUAUUAGAUAAUUAAAGUAAUUGUUCUCACGAUUUCAGAAGAAUUUUAAUUUUUGA